AUGUCCUCCGAUCUUCCUCCCAAGCCUACUCCCUCGCCGGUCAGUCGGAAUCGCAGCUCCUUCCUGUCCAAGUUUCGCUCUCCCCUCGGUCACCGAAAUCGAAGCAUCACCGACUAUUACAUCGACCUCGACGAUCCAUGGCGAUCCUACUUCCCUGGUGACGUGAUCAAAGGCACGGUUCUGGUGACCGUCGUCAAACCGGUGCGCAUUACACAUGUGGUGGUUUGUCUCCAUGGCUAUGUCAAAGUGUUCAAGAACGCGGUUCCCGCUGGGGAAGCCGCCCCCGACCUCGGGUUUCUUGGCCCGGGACGUGGCCGGCGAGGCGCGGAGUAUAUGGGCAAUGGACUAGCCACUCUAUUUGAAGAUGAGGUUGUUCUUUGCGGUGACGGGCGUCUCAAGGAAGGAAUCUACAAGUUCCGCUUUGAGAUGGGCCUUCCUCCCUACGCGCUGCCUAGCAGCAUUAAUUUCGAACGAGGAACCGUCUCUUACUCCUUAACCUCCACUCUCACCCGACCGACCACCAUAAAUCCUACCCUCACAUGCCGACGACGAGUCAACCUAUUAGAAAACAUCGAUAUCGCCCCCUUUCCUGCACCCAAAGCCCGCAUCGUUACCCUUGAACCCAUCUCAAAACGUUCCAAAUCAAAAGCAAAAGCGAAAUCUACGAGCUCCGACGCCACCGCAGCACCUGACACCUCCUCUAUAGAUACCCCAGUCAGCGGUGCUGCGGCUUCGGUAGAUAACCGUCCGCCGCUGAGUCCGUCUCCGAGCAACGUCAGCUCCUCAAGUCGGCCUAGUGAAAGCAGCCAAAGUUUUCAGAUACAUAGCGACCCCAGUUCUUCGACAAGUGCCGGUGGGCGCAACAGUGAAGGUCGCAGUGCGACUCCUUCCAUCUCGGAUAAAACCAUCACCGCAAAGGCCGAGGUUCUGCGCGCAGGCGUGCUUCCGGGAGAUACUCUACCUAUCAAGGUCACCAUCAACCAUUGGAAACAAGUGCGCAGCGCGCAGGGAAUCAUCAUUACUCUAUACCGGCAGGGCCGCAUUGAUCUUCAUCCCGCUAUCCCAGUUGGUCCCACCGCAAAUGGGAAGAAACCAGUCUAUGAAGACUGCUAUCCGCGGUCGCGCACCGGUCUCGGAGGAUUGACUCUGGGAACCAGUCGCACCAGCAGCACGUUCCGCAAGGAUUUGUCACAGACCUUUGCACCGCUGAUCGUGGACCCAACUACCAUGAACGCUGUCGUCAAAACAUCCAUUCGAGUCCCCGAGGACGCAUUCCCGACCAUUACUCGUGUGCCCGGCGCCAUGAUCAACUUCCGGUACUACGUGGAAGUUGUGGUCGAUCUGCGGGGCAAAGUAUCAUCUCCAGAUCGUUUCAUCCCGCGCUUCAACAUGGUUUCCGGCGGCAGCACGUUCUCGCCGAGCGGACAGGUUCUCAACCCGGCGGAUGCAAAUGGGAGUGCCAUCACGGCCAAUUGGGCUGGCAACAUUCUCGAUACCGAUCAUGUUCGCCGAGAAAAGGGUGUCAUUUCUGUGGCAUUCGAAGUGGUUGUGGGCACUCGUGAUUCACAACGAGGUCAAGCAAAUGGCGAGCGCUCAUUGCCUGUUGGGGCCAAGUCAGAGGUGAACGAAUCUCACCUGCCACCUUCGGUCAUUGUGAACCCAGUGGAUGGCGAGGAAUGGCCCGAGGCGAGCCCAAUGCCGAAUGCACACGGUGAAUUUGGCGAAUACGGCGAAUACGGCGAAUACGGCGCUGAAGAUUAUGACUAUGGAGAUUAUGGAUUCCCCGAUGACACCUGGUCCGAGUACCCCGAAGACUAUGCGCAGCCGUUCCCACCCAUGGGCCCUAUGGCGGCACAUCCGGAAGUAGAAGAGCCGGUGGAUGAAAAGACUCGGAUACGACAACAUGAAGAGGGUCUUCUGCCUAGUCAGCCUCCCGGCGAAGACGAAGCCGGACCGUCUAAUGCUGAAUCCGAAGUGCCGACCGCCCCAGUUCUAUCGGACGACCAUCAUCUCCAAGAUUACGAGCAUGUGCAUUCACCGGGCAUCAAUGGAAUCCCGCACGCCGUGCAGUCUGCAGAAUCAUUACAGACCAUCGUUGUGAAUGGAAACGGCGCCGGCCCAAGCGAGCCUACCGGUCCUAGCGAAGACAAGCAAGAGCUGGAGCGACAGCGGCUCAUGUACGAGGCCAGCGCACCCAGUGCACCACCCCCUGAAGAGCCCGACGAGUCUGGUGAAGGACCUAGUGCGCCAACCUUCAACGAAGAUGAUCAAUUGGUGGGCGGCACGGCGCAUGCGGACGAGUCUCUACCUCGGUACCAGCGAUAA